ACGUUUUAUUUAACGGUCACUUAAAUAAAACAUUUUAUCGAACAUCUUGCAAGGCUGACGGCUCGCACAGAUAAUGAUUUGCAGGAACAUAGCCGUAGCUUCUUGUACACCACGCGACCGCAGCUUCUUCUUGGACCUCCUAAAAAAGGCCACAACUCUCUCCCACCUCUCCCAAACCCACGCCCAGAUCAUCCUCCACGGCCUCCACCAAGACCUCGCCACUCUCACCAAACUCAUUCACAAGCUCUCCGACUUCAAGGCCAUCCACCACGCGCAUCGCCUCUUUCUCUCCACCCGAAAACCAGACCUUUUCCUCUUCAACGUCCUCAUCAAAGGCUUCGCCACCAAUAACUCUCCUCUAUCUGCGAUUUCGCUCUAUACCCAUCUGAGAACCAGGACUAAUCUUAAGCCUGAUAAGUUUACAUACGCCUUUGCGAUAUGGGCCGCCAUGGGUCACGAGUCCGAGAGGUUUGGGAUUUUGUUGCACUCAAAUGCUAUUGUGGAUGGAUUCGGCUUCGAUCUGUUUGUUGGAUCUGUGGUGGUUGACUUUUACUUCAAGUUUUCGCGGGUAGAAAUGGCAAGAAAGGUGUUUGAUUUGAUGCCGGAGAGGGACACUGUUCUGUGGAAUACAAUGGUAUCCGGGUUGGUGAGGAACUGUUGUUUUAACGAUUCAAUAGAAGUUUUUCGGAACCUGGUUAAGGGAGGUGUGGAAUUGGAUUCUACAACUGUGUCUACUGUGCUUCCAGCUGCAGCAGAGUUGCAGGACUUGGAAGUUGGGAUGGGCAUUCAGUGUUUGGCUCUAAAAGUCGGGUUUGGUUGUGAUGUGUUUGUGAUUACGGGUUUGAUUUCGUUAUAUUCAAAAUUUGGGGAGAUUGACACGGUGAGGUGGUUGUUUGAGCAGAUUGAUCGACCAGAUUUGGUAUCUUAUAAUUCGAUGAUUUCUGGGUAUACUUACAAUGGUGAGUCUGAAUCUUCGGUGAGGCUAUUUGUGGAUCUGCUUGCUUCUGGGCAGAAAGUCAAUUCAAGCACAUUGGUGGGGUUGAUUCCUGUGCAUUCCCCCUUCGGGCAUCUGCAGCUCACUUGUUGUAUUCAUGGUUUCUGUGUUAAGUCUGGUGUUGUUUCACAUGCUUCUGUUUCAACUGCUUUAACUACUGUUUAUAGUAGGCUAAAUGAAAUUGAAACAGCGCGGCUACUUUUUGAUGAAACUCCAGAGAAAAGUUUGGCAUCUUGGAAUGCCAUGAUAUCUGGUUAUACCCAAAAUGGGUUAACGGAGAUGGCAAUUUCUCUUUUCUGGGAAAUGAUGCUUGAAGUCCGUCCAAAUCCUGUAACAAUUACAAGUAUUCUUUCAGCUUGUGCUCAACUUGGAGCGUUGAGUCUUGGCAAAUGGGUUCACAAUCUGAUUAAAAGCGAGAAUCUUGAGUCUAACGUAUAUGUCUCAACUGCUCUAAUUGACAUGUAUGCAAAGUGUGGGAGCAUUGUGGAGGCUCGGCAAUUAUUUGACUUGAUGAAAGAUAAAAAUUCGGUCACUUGGAAUGCCAUUAUUUCUGGUUAUGGCCUCCACGGACAUGGGAAUGAAGCACUAAGACUCUUCAAUGAGAUGCUGCAUUCUGGGGUUCCUCCUACUGGGGUUACAUUUCUCUCUGUGUUGUAUGCUUGUAGCCAUGCCGGCUUGGUGAGGAAAGGAAACGAAAUUUUCCAUUCUAUGGUCCAUGAUCAUGGAUUCCAACCAUUACCUGAGCAUUAUGCCUGCAUGGUUGACAUCCUUGGUCGGGCUGGACAAUUAACUGAGGCCUUGAAAUUUAUAGAAAAAAUGCCAGUUGAGCCAGGUCCUAUUGUCUGGGGUGCAUUACUUGGUGCUUGCAUGAUUCACAAAGACACAAACCUAGCCCGUGUGGCUUCUGAAAGACUAUUUGAAUUGGACCCAGCAAAUGUUGGAUAUCAUGUCUUGCUUUCUAAUAUUUACUCAGCUGACAAGAAUUUUCUAAAGGCUGCUACAGUACGACAAGUAGUUAAGAAAAGAAGGUUGGCAAAGACCCCUGGGUGCACUCUAAUUGAAGUUGGUGGGACUCCACAUGUCUUUACCUCUGGUGAUCUGUUCCAUCCGCAAGCAACAGCAAUCUACAAAAUGCUAGAGAAGUUGACUGGAAAGAUGAGGGAGGCUGGAUUUCAGUCACAGACUCUCACUGCUUUGCAUGACGUGGAGGAGGAAGAGAAGGAGCUAAUGGUCAAGGUUCACAGUGAGAAGUUAGCCAUUGCAUUUGGCCUCAUUGCCACUGAACCUGAAACUGAAAUCAGAAUCAUUAAGAAUCUCCGAGUUUGUUUAGAUUGUCAUAAUGCAACUAAAUUUAUAUCCAAAAUUACAAAGAGAAUUAUAGUGGUUAGAGAUGCGAAUAGAUUUCAUCAUUUCAAGGACGGCAUCUGUUCAUGUGGAGAUUAUUGGUGAAAAUAUUGUUUUCUACACUGAUCAGGUAUGUGGGUAACUUUCCAGUUUCAUACUCUAUAUAACGGAAGAAACUAGGCCCCAUCCAAAGAGGCAUCAUGAUGGCAUUUCACACCAGUUUGCUAGGAUGAUCAAAAGAGUUCUGCCCAAAAAUGUUUUUAAAUUUUGUUUUCAUAUUUGAAUGCUAUUUUUAUUUUUAAUGUGGGAGGUAAAAAGUGAAUAUAAAUAUGAAAUGUGAGCAAUUGCCUUGUAGCAAAGCAUAAUGAAGACUAAUAUUGCUUCAAGUCAACUCUUCUCAUUAAUUAAACUUUUAAGCUCUUUCAACAUUAUGUUUAUUUUUAUCCUUAUAUUUGGAUUCAUCUGAUUUUUCAAUAUUAAUCUUAAGCCAGUUUUUUUCUCUUCAAUUUUCAAGCUCCAUCAGAAUAUUGCUGGACUAAUCAGGUUAUUUUUCUUGUCAUGCUGUUGGGUUCAAUUUCAUGCUAUUGGGAUUCUACAAAUUCAAAACCUUGUGAUAAUUUUUUCAUUUCAGUGCGAGAAGGAACUUUUUUUUUCUCUUUACAAUUGAAAUAGGUUAGCUUCUCUUAAUAUCUUGUGGGAAACAUAGUUCACAUUCACAAUAGAUGAUUUUACACAUGUCAAGGUUUUGUGCGAACUUUUAUUUGGAUGUGCCUGUGUUUUAUUUGAUUAAGGAGAUGAGAUUGAUGUUUAUUGCACUUUUCUCUGCUUCCUUUUCUUUCUUAGAUGUUCCUGAAUAAAGCUUCGCAGCCAGGGACAAUGAAGGCAGUACAAUUCUGUUUUGGAGAAAGCAAAGAAGGUCCCUUGGUUUUUAAUACAAAUGGAUAAAAGAAGUUACUGAUAAAAGAAAUUACUUGUGAAUAAAUUUGCAACGUUUGGCAAAAGCAUUAUAAGCAACAUUGUCUUUCCUUCACUCUCAAAACUGGGUACCUAGCAUAUAUACUGCAGAAAAGAUUUCACUCUUACUUUAUUCGAUCCUCUGCAUCUCUCCUUUGUUGGUUCAUACACUACACUAACGAAAGAAGAUUGUUGUGUAUCUUCUAGUAGCUCAGAUCUUAGCAGUUAAUUCCACAUUGCUUGGUGGCAGGUCCCUUGGUUUUUAAUACAAAUGGAUCAAUGCGGACCCAAAGCAAGGAGAAAAUGGAAGCCAAAAGGAUUGACCAUAUGACAACAAUGGUCGGUGUUCGGUUCUGCCGCCCCAUCAAACCUUUAAGGAAUGGAUAGAGAUGGACAAUCACCCAGAAGGAAAAGAAGAGCUUGCCAAAUAGAGGGCCCCAUGAUUCGUAUCCAUUGUUUAUGGCAUCUGAGAUCCCAGCAACGACUCCAACAAGGUUGAUGAUUAAGAUGGUGGUCGGAGGGAUUAGAAGCGUUGUCCAUUUAAAGGUGUAUAAUUCUCCAAAAUCCUCAUCGUCUGAUGCCUUGGAUGUGACAGUGAAGUUAGUAUCAAUUCCAGCCAAAACCUUCAGCAGGCCUUGCACAACGGCAAAGAGAUGUGCUGAGACACCUCCAAUGACCCAAAAUUGCUCAUUUCUCCACCAUUCCUCAAUGGUGACUCCGCUCCAUCUCAGCUCAAGAAUACCAGUAGCAAAGAUUGAGAUGAACAGGGCAAUGAAGUAGAGACUUGCAAAAGUGCUUAUCUGGUUUCAUGUAUAUAUUGAGAAUAAUAUCAUUAGUGGGCACAGAAAAAACAUUUAGAACUCACACUGGAAGCUAUAAACGCUUUAUUAAACAGUUUCUCCAACUUUCAUAUGAUUGGAAUAUGUUAAAAUACAAAUUGGCAUAUGCAAAUUCUGAUCU